AUGAAUAAUCAAACCUAUGAUAUAAAUGCGCACGCGUAUAACAUAAUGUAUGACAUAAAUGGGUACAUGAGAAAUCAAAUCUAUGAUAUAAGUGCGCACGCGUAUAACAUAAUGUAUGACAUAAAUGGGUACAUGAAUAAUCAAACCUAUGAUAUAAAUGCGCACGCGUAUAACAUAAUGUAUGACAUAAAUGGGUACAUGAAUAAUCAAACCUAUGAUAUAAAUGCGCACGUGUAUAACAUAAUGUAUGACAUAAAUGGGUACAUGAAUAAUCAAACCUAUGAUAUAAAUGCGCACGCGUAUAACAUAAUGUAUGACAUAAAUGGGUACAUGAAUAAUCAAACCUAUGAUAUAAAUGCGCACGCGUAUAACAUAAUGUAUGACAUAAAUGGGUACAUGAAUAAUCAAACCUAUGAUAUAAAUGCGCACGCGUAUAACAUAAUGUAUGACAUAAAUGUAACAUAA